UGAUGCACGUUAACGAUAUACACGAUUGUGUGGAACACGUGAAAAUGGACUGGCUGAUCAUCAGGAGAUUCGAGGAUCAGAAAGUGAUGCUAAAGAGCGCAAAGUUAGGUCGAUUCAUCGCUGGUUUCUGCGCUGUAUUCAUGCACUGCGGUGUGUUCUCGUACAAUGUCGUCCAAGGUCUCUCCAAAAGUAUCCUACAUAUAGAAAAUAGCAGUAUAGUAGUUCGCGGGUUACCCUAUCCCUUCUACAACAAGAUCCUAAACGUGCACUUUAGUCCGGCAUACGAGUUCGUGUUCUUUCUACAGUGCCUUUCAUCCUUCGUCGUCAACUGUGUUACGGUCGCCACAUGCGGCUUGACAGCGGUUUUCGUGAUGCAUGCAUGUGGCCAAAUGAAAAUCAUGAUAUCCUGGCUUGAAAAUUUUAUUAACGACAAAAAAGAGGAAAGGAGGACUUCUCUAAGGCAAAAAUUUACAAUCAUCGUGAAUCAUCAUUUAAGAAUCUUGAGAGGGGAAGCUCGGGUAGCCUCGGACGGCGGGUAUCCCUGGACACUCGAAUUUUUCAGCGAAUUUCUAAAAACAAAGCGUCAUGUCGAAACUAUGGGUCUAAAACGAGUUUCGACGUGA